UUGGACCAUCACCUAAAUUUCUCAUUGAGAAACUCCUCAAACUGCAAUGCUUUCUCUCAACAAGCCCUCCCUUGCAAAAAGCAUCCCACAGAGAGCUACUAAGAUUCCAAAUUUUUGCUCACCGAUCUUCCCGAUGUGAGCGGUCUUGGCUUUUCUUUUAACACAACACGCGUAGCUCCUCUCAAAUCUACUUGUUUCUCUCCCUCCUUUCUUCUUCUUCUUCUUCUUCUUAUAUCCCCAUAACUGACCUUUCCUUCUCUCAAUUUCCCUAUCACUUAACUGAAAAUUAAGAAUUGUAAUACAAUGGCAUUAGACUGCAUCAAAACCAAUCUAUCAAUACCUCACCACAAUCCAAAAGAAGAACGCAAAGAUGAACAGAAACCUCUAGUUUUCGAUGCUAGAGUGCUUAGCCACCAAUCCAGCAUACCCCAACAGUUCAUUUGGCCAGACACUGAAAAGCCUAAGGUCAAUGCACCAGAACUCCUUGUUCCCCUUAUUGACUUGGGUGGCUUCCUCUCUGGUGACCCUGUCGCAGCAAUGGAGGCUUCAAAGCUAGUUGGCGAGGCAUGCCAGAAGCACGGUUUCUUUCUGGUUGUCAAUCACGGAGUCGACGAAAAGCUCAUAGCAGAUGCCCAUCGCUACAUGGACAGCUUCUUUGAAUUGCCACUCUCUGAGAAGCAAAAGGCGCAGAGGAAAAUUGGCGAGCACUGGGGAUAUGCCAGUAGCUUCACUGGCAGGUUUUGCUCUAAGCUUCCAUGGAAAGAAACGCUUUCUUUUCGCUAUUCUGCUGACAAAAACUCAGUAAAACUCGUCCAAGACUAUUUCCUUAAUACAAUGGGUGAUAAUUACGCAGAAUUCGGGAAGCUAUACCAACGCUACUGCGAGUGUAUGAGCACUCUGUCACUGGGAAUCAUGGAACUCCUUGGAAUAAGCUUAGGAGUAAGCAAAGCCCAUUUCAGAGAAUUUUUCGAAGAUAACGAUUCCAUAAUGAGGCUUAACUACUAUCCUACGUGCCAAAAACCUGACCUGACGUUAGGAACUGGGCCUCAUUGCGAUCCAACAUCAUUAACAAUCCUUCAUCAAGACCAAGUGGGCGGUCUUCAGGUUUUCGUAGAUGAUGAGUGGCGCUCAAUUAACCCAAAUUCCAAAGCCUUUGUCGUCAACAUUGGCGACACAUUCAUGGCUCUUUCUAAUGGGAAAUACAAGAGCUGCUUGCAUCGAGCCGUAGUGAACAGUGUGGCACAAAGGAAAUCUCUGGCCUUUUUUCUAUGUCCAAAGAGUGACAAGAUGGUUACUCCACCAACUGAACUGGUGGACAGUUGCAACCCAAGAAUAUGUCCUGAUUUUACAUGGGCCAUGCUGCUUGAAUUUACACAGAAGCAUUACAGAGCCGACAUGAAAACCCUUGAAAUGUUCAAAAAAUGGCUUCAGCAGACAAAUUAGCUAAAUAAAGUGGGGCAGCCAGUAGCGAGUCACAAAUACUCAGACCUCUGCAUGCUAUUGGUCCUUUUUUUUUUAGCCAGGAAAGUGACAUGGUGGGAGAGGAAAGGGAAGGGUAAGAUUGAGAUGGAAGUUUAGUUAAGAUAUGGAGGAAGACAAAUAGGAGCAAUAACUUAAGAGAUGAAAGUGCCAGUUUUUAUUUUCACAGUCGCAUGUAACUUAGUUUUACUUUGCUAGUGAGACAAUGGACAUAUAAAGAAUCAAUAAAAACUUUGAUGUUUCUCUAA